UCCACAGCUGCCAGUGCGACUACUUUUGGAGCGACGGAUCGUUGGGGAGGGACCGCCGGGGCUGAGGAGGGCUCUCGAGGCGAGCAGUACAUGAGAAAUACCUCAUUCACUGUGGAACAGGCUGGAUUUUAACCUUGGAUUAAUGUAAUCUGUGAGGAAAACCAAAACAAGAAGCUCAUGGAAACAGAAUUGUACUGGAAGAAAGGUUGGCUCUCAUGUUCUGCCCCAGCUGAAAAGUGGAAGAAGAACAGCUCAUCUGUUUUUUGUUCCUAUAUGCUUUUUGAGGAGCAAACAACCAUCUGAGUCCUUCUGCGAUGGAGAACGCCGUCCUGGAGCCCAGAUCGGAGCGGAUUGCCCGCUACAAGGCUGAGAGGAGGCGAGAACUGGCCGAACGCUACGGCAGCAUUGACGAGCUUCCUUCUAAGUGGGUGAGACGGGAUGAGAAAAAGGUUCAUGAGCCAGCGAGCCAAGCGCAUGGAGGAAUGUUAAGCUCCCACGAUCUGAGUGAAAAAGUGAACAGCAGAACACAGGAUGUUACAAAUGGAUUAGAGACUCCUGCUGAGCCCGACUGCCUGAGAAGGUGGGGUUCCCAGAACUCUGCUAGCAUGCAGAGUGGGGAAGAGCCUCAUAUCCCUCAUGGACUCGACGGCCCACAGCUCCACACUCGGGUGUCCGUGGGCCAGUUGAGAAGUGCUCUUCUACAGCAGACGGAGAGCGGAGCACAGCCUGAGAAAGCCUUCCCUGAUGCUGGGCAAGCCACAUCCUCUCUGGAUCUGGCUGUAAACCCGGGCUCUGAGGGGGGUCGGCGACGCACUCGGCGUUACCUCCCUAGCGCGUCAGGCGGUAACAGAAAAACUAGCGAACGCUUCAGGACACAGCCAAUCACAGCCAAUGAGAUGGAGGAGAGCAGUGGGUGCUUGGAUCCAGAGAACGAGGAAAACAGCAAAGCAGAUGUAAAAACAGACGACAGAGCCAAAAUGAGUGUGGCAGCCAAGAUGUCUCUGUUUAAAGAGCUGGAGAAGUCUUCAGCCUCUGAGGCCUCGGCAUUCCUCAAGCCUCGCUCAGGCUGCGUCUCUCAUGAACGCAGGAGCCGGCGUGGCAACGACCAUCGCUUUCUGACACAGCCAAUCACCUGUGGAGAAAUAGUGGCGAUCAGCACUCCCAAACCAGCACCACCAGUGGAGGUCCAGUCUGUGCAGGCUGAGUCGGAGGAGGAUGGCGAUGAGAGCUGCAAGCUGAGCAUGAGCGAGAAGCUGGCCCUCUUCAACAAACUGUCCCUGCCUGGGAGGGAGGGAGCCGGGCCUGCUGACGGGCCCCCAGAGAGACGAAGGCAAAAGGGGGCUCGGUACCGCACGCAGCCCAUCACUGUGGAGGAGGUCAGUCUGCUCCAGAAAGGCCCUGUUCAGCUUCCUGCCCUCUGUUUGUCCCCUCAUCUGUCCGACAGACAGCAGGCCUCGUCUGUCAACCUGAAACCCAGUGAGGUACGUCUUUCACAGUCCACAUCAGACACUGGCACUGGACUCGGAAAAUCUGGUCCGACUCAACAGGGACCACAGUGCUACGACUCUGAGCCAGGCUUAAAAGGAAUCCUGAAGAAGAGCCGCUCUGCAGGCUCGGAGUGGAGCAGGACAGAAGCCAGUCAGGUAGACGCAUCAUACAGCCAUGAACAGAAUGGUGGAGGCUGUAGAGAAGCGGCGAUACACGGGAGCAAAGCGGGAGGUGAGAGGGAGGGAACUUCUGCAGCACCACAGAGAGACAGACGAGAGACCUCUGGUAUGGAGGAAGGUUCGCAGUCUGCUGCUCCCUGGAGGCAGAGGGCUAGAAACAGGAGGGAAACCAUUGCCUGCACACCAAUAAGAGCCUUGUCAGAGCAGGAUGCUCCACAGCAGUCCUGCCAGUCCAAACAUGAACUGAGCUUUUCCUCUGAGAAAAACACCGUAGACAUCAAUGGAAGAGCCAAGCAGGAGGAAGACCAAAAGGCCAUGAACAAGAUCCAUGACAACACCACAGAUAUUAAAGCUGUCCGGGUCACCUCAGAAGAGUGUGCGCCUAAAAUGCAGGAGACAACCAACGGCAGCAGAAGUGAGUAUCACGUGCAGGACGAGUCAGAAAACCCUCAUCUUGAGAAUGACAACCUUCAGUGCUGGGAGCCCGUCUUUGCCUCUGUCUAUUCUAUCAAUACGCCCCAAUAUAUCAUGUGUUUUAAUCAGACUAACCUCUCCUUUGAGGCACAAGAAGUCUCCUCUCCUACGAACAAUCAGAGUCAGCCUCAGUGGAGACAAAAGGAUAAAGGAACUGAGAUUCAGAUGACUGAAUUUGGAGAAUUGAAAACGCAGCAGGAAAGCAAAGAGCAGGAGGCUGGAAGCACGGCUAAGACAAGCCUUGCAUCUGGUGAAUCACAGAGAAAUGGUAUCGCUCACAACAGGAGACACUCCACUGAUGCUCCAUCAUGCAAAAAUGAAGUGACUCCACAGAGUUCUUCACCAACAGUCACUACUCAGGAGGUAAAGGAAGAGACGCCUGUUGAUGAGCCAAACAUGUUUGAUGGCAGUUUCUACUGUGAGCAGUCACCUCCUUCAGCCUGCCCCCCACCUUGUGGUGGGAUUGCUGCCUCAGAGGGUGAGCAGGACCUGGGAGUCUUCUGCCAGACCAACACACACAUAUUGACCUCAGCAGUAGCAGAGCACAGGCGGUCGGUACGUCCGUCCCGUCGGACUCAAGGCUCCAGAAACCCUCUGAGGGCUCUCGCAGCCAGAGAGGACAUCAGGCAGGACUUCAUGGGAGAGAGAGUCAAUUCAUCAGCUCAAGAGAGGAUCCAAGCAGAAAAAAAGUCUAAGAACUCGUCUAUAACAGACUCACCUCCAUUAAGAUCUGAAGAAUCCUCCUCAGAUGCCGAGACAGCUAAGUCUUACCCGCCCUUCAGCAGCCUGAUGCUAAUUCACAUCAAAGGUAGGCGCCAUGUUCAGGUCCGCCUGGUUGAGCCCUCAGUGCGGUCACUGAACAGUGGAGACUGCUUCCUGCUGGUCACUCCAGAGCACUGCAUCCUGUGGAGUGGAGAGUUUGCCAACGGACAAGAAAAAGCAAAGGCCUCUGAGCUAGCUUUGUUCAUCCAGAACCAAAGGGACCUUGGUUGUUUGGCUUCCCACUUUGUCCACCUGGAGGAGGGCAUGAACUCUGACAGCAGUGUGGCUGCAGACUUCUGGAGUCUACUGGGAGGAAGAACACAGUACAGAGGAGCUGGUGCUCCAGAGGAGGAUGAGCUCUAUGAGCGCGGUGUGGUGGAGUCCAACUGUGUAUACAAGCUGGUGGAAAACAAACUGGUGCCUCAUGAACAGGCUUGGGCCUCCAUCCCCAGCAUCACCCUGUUGGCCUCCUCUGAGGCCCUGGUGUUUGAUUUCGGCAGUGAGGUCUAUCUGUGGCUCGGACAGGACGUUUCCCUCAGGAGCAGAAAUGUUGCUCUCCAGUUGACUCACCAGGUGUGGGUUGGAGCUUAUGACUACAGCAACUGUCAAGUAAACCCACUGGAUCCCACUCAGUGUAACCCUGCAAUUCAGCUACGAGGAGAAGGCCGUCCCAGCUGGGCUCUGUUCGGCGUCCUCACUGAGAGCAACGAGACAGCUCUGUUCAGGGAGAAGUUCCUGGACUGGAUGUGCAGGGUUGGAGGCAGAGAGGAAGCGGCUUCAGGGACGGAUCAGACGCAGUCCAUCCCAGUCCAGUCAUCCCAGCCCUUCUCCCCUCCUUCAGACCUCUUGAGUCCCUGCGAUGCCAAAGCUCUAGUAUCGGGUCAGUGCUUAGAAGGUGACGGUUUGGUCCGUACUGUGCUGGCUGGGGUCGAUGUCCAGAGAGGUCAUGGUGUCAUCAUGCUGACGGAGGAACGUCAGAUGGAGCUUUUCUUCCUGUGGCGAGGCCGUCACUCCAGUGUCAGUGGACGGGACACAGCUGCUUUCCUUUCCAUCGGGAUGAGGAACCACGAAGAGUCGCAGGUGGUUGUGCCUCAGGGAAAAGAACCCCCCUGUUUCCUGCAGCUUUUCAAGGGAGGCUUGGUCAUUCACAAAGGAAAGCAAGAGGAAGCUUCCAUCAACACAGAAAGCUGGCGUCUGUUUUGUGUGCGAGGGGAGCUCCCAGAAGAGGGUUUUCUGUUAGAGGUGGACUGCUGCUGUGCGGGUCUGAGGUCGAGAGGCUGUGUUGUCCUGCUAAAUGGCCAGCAGGGAGUGCUCUAUCUCUGGAUUGGUUGUAAGGCUCACAGCAGCACAAAGGAAGUCGGCAAGAGGGUGGUGGAGGUCCUCACUAAUCCAGGAAAGUAUAACUUCACGCCUCGCCUCUUCCACCUGACUGCCUCCUCUGGGAGUUUCCAAGCCGAGGAGCUGCAGAGUCCGAUGCAGAUGCCGGGGCUUGUGAUGGCAAUGCCUUUUGUCCAGGAGAGCCUAUACAGUGUACCACAACCAGCUCUGUUCCUUCUUGACAACCGUCUGGAGGUCUACUUGUGGCAGAGAGGUCAGCCUGAGCAGACUGAGAGCUCCUCAGCCUGGAGACUCUGGCAUCACGAGAGGAAGUGUGCCAUGCAGACAGCGCUGCAGUACUGCAAAGAAAUAAACCAGAGAAGGCCGCCGCAUGCAUAUCUCAUCCUCGAGGGGGCCGAGCCUCUCACCUUCACUAAUGUCUUCCCGCGCUGGAAGAAAAGCCUUGAACCUCAUGCACAGGGUGAUACAGGGCGAGCGAAGCUGACCUUGGUGCAGGACGCCCUGGCCCAGCUCAUGAAGACCCAGUAUCCUCUGGAGGAGCUGCUGCGGAGCCCCCUUCCUGAAGGAGUGGACCCCCAGCGCCUGGAGGUCUACCUGUCCAAUGAGGACUUUCAGACUAUUUUGGAAAUGAAGAGAGAUGAAUAUGCCUCCCUCCCAAGCUGGAAGCAAAUUGAUCUGAAGAAGAGCAAAGGGCUGUUUUGUUAGACAAUGAAAUAAACUGGAGGCUGACUGAUGCUGUGACAGCAGAGACUUCCUUGUCUGCUGCGAAAGGAAAAUGGCAUGGGGGGACAUAAGAACCAUGUUUCCACACAAAGAAUUGCUCACAGCAUAAUAAAACUACAAAGAGAUCACUUUUAUUUAUGUCAAAUUAGUGUGUGGACUUUUUAUUGGACAUUCUUUAAAGCUACCAAAUGGUUGAGAGAAAAAAAAACUUUUUUACUGUCUGUACAAAUCAGUGAAAGAUAAUAAAAAAGGUUAUAUGGGAGUAAAAUAAAGACAUCAGUAACAAACAUUGGAAAGAAAACAUAGGAGUGCUUACAAAAAAGAUUAAUGCUAAUAAACAAUGUAAACAGACAAAAAAAAAGGCUAACCACUUCCUAAAUGUUUCCUCCUUGAUCAAUAUCUUUCCAUCAAAAUGUUCUGAGCUGCAGUUUUUCCUCAAUUUUGAUUCUCCUUCCCUACAUAACGAUUGCCCCAAGAACCUUGAAAUAAGAGUGUAUGGCAUUGUAAUCUGUGACGUGUACUUUACAAUCAUGUGUCACACUGAUGUGUUCAUUUCUCUGGAAGCCUUGUGUGCACAAAGCUUUGUGCCAUGUGUAUUGUAGCUGUGGCCAAUGUGCUCAUUGUGGCUGGGAGCGAUGCCUUAUUAAGGCUCCUUGGGGAUUCACUAUUAGCUAUGCAUGAAGGGACAGGUAGACAUGCUCCAAUAACGUCCCUUUAGCUCAAAGCAACACGCUAAUUCAGUUUCACCUCAAUCAACACACUGUUCCAAACAUCCUCAUAACACAGCAGUACACAAAGACAUACUGUAUCUCUCAAUGAUGCAUGGAAGCCCAUUAUUUAUUAAAGGAAAAACAAUCUAUGUAACACAUGUACUGCUUAACAAAUUUUGAUGUGAAUGUGUCAGUCUA